AUGAUCGCUUCUUCCUCAUUAACAUACUCGCCUUCAUCACUCAACAUGCAGAGCCCAGUCGAAGCCUAUAGAGAUCGUCGGGAUAAUUGUGUUGCGCACGUCUACCUGUCCACAAGAGAAGUACUCAUCCUAGCCACUAUGUGUGGAUUUGCUGCUUUCAACAUGCACGGAACGGAUGCGAAGAGUUUCUUCAACGUCUUCACCCUGGUUCCUGCACUUCUAUUCAGCUUCAAGAUUCUAGUUAUGAACAAGGAUAACACUACACUCAGCGUGGGUAUCGUAUCUAUGUUCUGGAUGUAUUAUGGAAUGGGAGUCAUUUGCGAUGUAUUCUUCAGUACAGGAGAAGGUUACAUGGCGGUACAGCUACUUUUGGUCGGAGCUUUGUGUAUCAGCGCAUAUCGAGGGAGUCUGACCGCUGGAGCAGCUGCAGACAGCAGAAAUGGUUCCAGCGCUUUGAAUGCUUUAUCACAAUCGGAGAUUUUGAUAUCAGAGCGGAUAAAAUCCUCUCCACGACAAAAAUACCAUAGAGAUGUAGCCUGUGGCGAUUCGCAAUUCCUCGAUGAAGCCAGCACACCAACGUACAGUGAAUGUGAAUUAGUGAAUGUUACUCAGACCACCGAAAAUACAUCGAGUGCGACAGCGAUGCAAAUCGACAACGAGACUGCCGCGGGAACGAUGCUAACCGCUAUCAUGAGUGGAACUACGACAGCAGUGGAGCUAUUUCCUGGUGAAGCCAAGACAGUAAGUUCGACAUCCACUGCUCUUCAUGGCCAGUCUCUCAUAAGUGAAAGUUCCGUUCUAGUGCAUUACGGCGAUCUAUUGGCCGAGCCUGCAAAGAUGUUACAAUUUCAAAAUUAUAACGAUACUCAGAAAAUCACAAUCACAAAUAUCUCUAACCAUACUCUAGUCUGGACGGUGAAGACUAAUGCUAUCUAUGAAAUUGGAGCUUCUCCAUCACAAGGAAUACUUCAGAAAGGAGCCAAAGCCGAAAUUAUUGUUGUUCUCAACGCAGAUGUUCCAGAUGUUCCAGAUGCAGUACGCCACAGCGACAAGCUUGCAAUCGACUACUCCUAUAUAGAAGAGACAAGAGCCAAAUACAAGAGAAGGCGCAUGAAGCCAAGUGCAACUAAAAGAUACCAAUUUGACAUUCUGUACAGAUUCUAACCAUACUGGCCACUACUCCUUAACAUGUAACUAGAGCUUCUCACAAAAUUUAGCAAUUACUGACCAGUUUCUCUUCACACACUCGCUGCCUUCCUCUUUGUCAAUGUCUUUCGUGGACGAUAAAUAAAUGGGCUAUUCAG